GGUGGAGGCGGCGGCGGCGGCUGCGGAGGCCGCGGCACCGGCACCCGGAGCGGCAGCGGUCGUAGCGGCGGGUGACGGCCGCACCGAGGAGGGGAAGCUCCGAGCCCUGGCACCCAGCCGGUGCGCCGCCUCCCUGACGCAAAAUGCUCCACUGAGCCAGCCCAACACUGAAGUGCCCCCAUGGAGGGUCCCCUCCCAGGCAGCCUGUCUGCCCCAGAUGGUCUUCGAGGUCCAGAGAGACUGCCCAGCCUGGCCCCAAGGGAGGACAUUGGUGGUGGGGCCGAGGCUGCCGAGGGAGAAGGUGACAUCUUCCCGACGACCUGUUAUCUACCUAUCACCAAGGAAGGUCCCCAGGACAUUCUGGAUGGAAGAGGUGGCAUCUCUGAUGGGCGGCCCCAUGCUGGCCUCAGCGAAGCCCUCCCCCAAGCCGCCUCCGCCACCCGUCGGAUCAGCAGUUGUUGCUUUGAUGGAGACAGCCUGGACUUCCGACUGGGUUCCCCACCACCCCACCUCUUCCCCGGGCCCCCUGAUGGCCUGGGACCCUGGGAGCACCCCUUGGUUCAGGAGGCCAGGGAGGGCCACCCAUCUGAGCGGAGGUUUGAAGACUCAGUUAUCGUGAGAUCCGUGAACCCCCACGCCCAGCUUCAGGGUUCUAGAAGGUUCUUACAUCACCAGGGUGAACUGAAGGCAUGGGAGAAACCCCCCCAGGGUCACCCCUCAUUUGACUGGCUCCAAGAUACAGACAGUCAGGGCCCCCAGAAAGACCUGGGGCCUCGUGGGGAUCUGCCACCCCUGGCUUCCUUUGGGAGGGUGAUGGUUCCGUUGGGUGCCCUUCCCAAAGUGUCGAACAUGGAGGUGGCAGAUUCCAGAUGUGACCCUGAAGACAUUGAGGGGCUGGCCCGGCCCUCAGAAUGGUACCUGCCAGCCUCUGCCUCGGAAGUGGCCACACAGACCUGGACGGUGAACUCAGAGGCGUCCGUGGAACGUCUGCAGCCUGGGCUGUCCCCAGUGCCCACGGGGACGUAUCUGGGCGAGCUGCUGGAAGAGGUGACCGGUGGAGGGGGCAGCCCUGAUGAUGAUGAGGAGGAAGAGGAGCAGGAGGAGGAGGAGGAGCCGGCUGUGUUCCCAUGCAUAGAGUGUAACAUCUACUUCAAGCACAAAGACCAUCUCUUGGAGCACAUGAGCCAGCACCGGCGAGUCCCAGGCCAUGAACCCCCCGCUGACGCAGCCCCGCUGGCCUGCGGUGAAUGUGGCUGGCCAUUCACCGACCCUGCUGCCUUGGAGCAGCACCGCCAGCGGCACCAGGCUUCCCGGGAGAAGAUAAUUGAGGAGAUACAGAAGCUGAAGCAUUGCCCGGGUGAUGAGGGACGCCAGGCGCGUUGCAUCUUCAGUACCAAUUCCUCCAGGUCAUUCAUGCAGCAUGCCAAGCCGUAUGGGCGGCACGGGCGCCAGCCACCACCUGGCCCACGCCUUGAGGAGACACCUGGGGGUCAUAGCAGGGCCAGCAGCCCUAUCCCCAGUGCCAGCUCCCUUGUCUAUCCCCACUAUGGAGCCUCCUCUAACCUCAGUGCCUGCCUCUCCUGCAGCUUCCUGGCACCCAGCGAGAGCCUGCUCAGGGAGCAUGUGCGCUUGGCACACAGCUGUCCCCAGUGGGAGGCCUUCCCGGAGGACCUGGCCAGCCAGCCCGGCACUAGCCAGCAUGCAUCUGCUUGCUCUCCUGACACAGCCACGGUGGACUAUUUUGGCAAAGCCGAGCCGCUCUUGGCUCCCAUGUGGCGGGAAAACCCUGCUGGAUAUGACCCUGGGCUGGCCUUUGGCCCGGAUGGACAGCAGCUGGACAUCACGAGGAACUUCCCAUUGUCAAAGCCACUGCUUCACCACUCUGGCCCAAGGCCUCUUGGAAGGCUGGCCUUUCCCCCUCCACUGGCAUCUACACCCUACCCCAUACAGCUUGGUGGAAACAAGCGCCGGAGGUACCCUUGGAGUGAAGAGGAAGAGGAAGAAGAGGAGGAAGAUGAGGAAGAGGAGGAAGAGGAAGAUUUUGCCCUUGAAAAUGGAGUCUUGCCACCCCUAGCCACCCCCAGCCUCAUCCCAGAGCCAGCCUUACAUCUGAAGAGAACUUUCCAAGAAGCCCUGAGGACCGCCGAGGCAUCUUGGGCCCAGCGGGAGCAGCUCCAAGGCAUGGUGCCCCUUGUCCUGGUGGCCAAGCUCAGGCCACAGGUCAUGGCUGCCGCGGCCAGGGUGCCCCCAAGGCUACAGCCUGAGGAGCUUACGCUGGACUUGGAGGGCACCCACCCCUUAGAUUUUCUGCUUCUGGAUGCACCCCUAGGUGGCCCACUGGGGCUGGACAGGCUUCUUGGGGGAGACCUUGUUGGGGGGCUGAAACCUGAAGAUCGCAAGUGCCCAUACUGUCCUGAUCGCUUCCACAAUGGCAUCGGGCUGGCCAAUCAUGUCCGGGGCCACCUGAACCGUGUGGGUGUCAGCUACAAUGUGCGCCAUUUCAUCUCCGCUGAGGAGGUAAAGGCCAUCGAGCGGAGCUUUUCCUUCCAGAAGAAAAAGAAAAAAGCGCUGUGCAGGGGGAGCCUGGGGGUCUUCCCUCCUGCGGGACCUGGGAGACACGGCAAAGUGGCCAACUUCGACCCUGGUACUUUCAGCUUGAUGCGAUGCGACUUCUGUGGGGCUGGCUUCGACACACGGGCGGGCCUCUCCAGCCAUGCCCGCGCCCACCUGCGCGACUUUGGUAUCACCAACUGGGAGCUCACUGUGUCACCCAUCAACAUCCUGCAGGAGUUGCUGGCCACCUCGGCUGCCGAGUUGCCCCCUAGCCCCUUGGGCCGGGAGACAGCAGGGCAAUCUGGGGGCUUCCUGACCCCCCGCCGGCCUCGCUUACCUCUUACUUUGCCCUUCCCACCUAUCUGGGCUGAGGACCCCGGGCCAGCCUACGGAGAUGGCCUGGGUCCUGAGGAAAGCACAAUGGUGGCUAUGGACUUGGGGUCCUCCCCUCUCCCCAAGAAGAGCCUGACUGUCCCUGGGGCCCUGGAGCAGGUGGCCAAUCGGCUGAGCAGCAAAGUGGCCGCAGAGGUUUCUCAGAGCAGCAAACAGGAGCUGCCGGACCUCAAGGCCCAGAGCCUGACCACCUGUGAGGUCUGCGGUGCCUGCUUUGAGACCCGUAAGGGUCUCUCCAGCCACGCGCGGUCCCACCUGCGGCAGCUGGGAGUGGCGGAGUCAGAGAGCAGUGGCGCCCCCAUCGACCUCCUCUAUGAGCUGGUGAAGCAGAAGGGCCUGCCGGACGCAGCCCUUGGCCUGCCCCAUGGCCUGGCCAAGAAACACAACUCACCGAAGGAUCUGAUCACAGGGGCCUCACGGCCUGGCCUGCUCGCCUUGGCCAAGCCCCUAGAUGCUCCAGCCGUCAACAAAGCCAUCAAGUCGCCUCCAGGUUUUUCAGCCAAAGGCCUGGCCCACCCACCCACUUCUCCACUUCUCAAGAAGGCACCACUGGCCCUGCCGGGCUCCACUGCCCCCAAGAAUCCCGAGGACAGGAGUCCCCAGCUAUCCUUGAGCCCCCGGCCGCUCUCCCCGAAGGCCCAGUGGCCCCAGUCUGAGGACGAGGGGCCCCUGAACCUCACUUUAGAUAGUGACGGGGGCAGAGAGCUGGACUGCCAGCUGUGCGGUGCCUGGUUUGAGACCCGAAAGGGCCUGUCCAGCCACGCCCGUGCCCACCUGCGCCACCUGGGCGUCAGCGACCCGGAUGCCAAGGGAUCCCCCAUAGACGUGCUCUACGGGCUCAUCAGGAGGGACGGCGUCCAGAUCCGCCUCCCACCCGGGCGCGGAGCCCUGGCCCAGCUGGGGCAGCCUCCUCCCGCCUCCGUGGCCCUCUCCUUGCUCCCCCCCCCACCGCCGGCCAAGAAGGCCAAGCUGAAGGUCGCUGGUAUGGCCAGCCCCUGGGGGAAACAGGACCUCUCGGCCGCCGGCAUUUUCUGGGCCUCUGAUGUGGAGCCAUCUCCUCUCAACCUCUCCUCUGGGCCAGAGCCAGCACGAGACAUUCGCUGUGAGUUCUGCGGCGAGUUCUUUGAGAACCGCAAGGGCCUGUCCAGCCACGCACGCUCCCACCUGCGGCAGAUGGGCAUCACCGAGUGGUACGUCAAUGGCUCCCCCAUCGACACGCUACGGGAGAUCCUGAAGAGACGAACCCAGUGCCGGCCAGGCGGGCACCCCCACCCGCCAGGGCCUAGCCCCAAAGCCUUGGCCAAGGUGGUGGCCAGUGGAGGUCCUGGCAGCUCGCUAGAAGCCCGCAGCUCCUCAGACCUUCACAUUUCACCCCUGGCCAAGAAGCUGCCGCCGCCACCAGGAAGCCCCCUGGGCCACUCACCAACUGCCUCUCCUCCCACGGCCCGGAAGAUGUUUCCAGUCCUGGCGGCAACCUCCCUGCACAAGAAGCUGAAGCCGGAACAGAUGCGGGUGGAGAUCAAGCGGGAGAUGAUGCCGGGGACCCUUCAUGGGGAGCCACACCCAUCUGAGGGUCCCUGGGGGGUGCCACGGGAAGACAUGACACCCUUGAAUCUAUCAUCUCGGGCAGAGCCAGUGCGGGACAUCCGCUGUGAGUUCUGUGGAGAGUUCUUUGAGAACCGCAAGGGCCUGUCCAGCCAUGCACGCUCCCACCUGCGGCAGAUGGGUGUCACUGAGUGGUCAGUCAACGGCUCCCCCAUUGACACGCUACGGGAGAUUCUGAAAAAGAAGUCCAAGCUGUGCCUCAUCAAGAAGGAGCCCCCAGUGGGAGACCUAGCUCCCACCUUGGCUGAAGAUGGGCCCCUGGUGGCUCCGGGGCCCUUGCAUUCCCCAUUGCCACUCUCACCACUGGCUGGCCGGCCAGGCAAACCUGGAGCAGGGCCAGCGCAGAUUCCACGGGAGCUAAGCCUGACACCCAUCACUGGGGCCAAGCCAUCUGCUGCCGGUUUCCUGGGCACAGUGGCUGCCAAGCGCCCCCUGCAGGAGGAUCGCCACCUUCCAGCAGAGGUCAAGGCCAAGACCUACAUCCAGACUGAACUGCCCUUCAAGGCAAAGACCCUCCACGAGAAGGCCUCUCACUCCUCCACUGAGGCCUGCUGUGAGCUGUGUGGCCUCUACUUUGAAAACCGCAAAGCCCUGGCCAGCCAUGCACGAGCACAUCUGCGGCAGUUUGGCGUGACAGAGUGGUGUGUCAAUGGCUCGCCCAUUGAGACGCUGAGUGAGUGGAUCAAGCACCGGCCCCAGAAGGUGGGUGCCUACCGCAGCUACAUCCAGGGUGGCCGCCCCUUCACCAAGAAGUUCCGCAGCGCCGGCCACGGCCGGGACAGCGAGAAGCGGCCAUCCCUGGGGCUGGCCCCAGGGGGCCUGUCCUUUGUCAGCCGCAACACUGGCGGGGAGCUGGGCCUAGAAGCUGGCCGCGCAGCCGACAGUGGGGAGCGGCCCCUGGCAGCCAGCCCACCAGGCACAGUGAAGUCAGAGGACUACCAGCGGCAGAAUAUCAACAAAUUUGAGCGUCGACAAGCCCGACCCCCGGAUGCCUCCACUGCCCGAGGGGGCGAGGAUGCCAGUGACCUGCAGCAGAAGCUGGAAGAGGUGCGGCAGCCCCCACCCCGGGUCCGACCUGUUCCCUCCCUGGUGCCUCGGCCCCCCCAGACAUCACUGGUCAAGUUUGUGGGCAACAUCUACACCCUCAAGUGCAGGUUCUGCGAGGUGGAGUUCCAAGGCCCCCUCUCCAUCCAGGAAGAGUGGGUGCGGCACUUACAGCGGCACAUCCUGGAGAUGAAUUUCUCCAAAGCGGACCCCCAGCCUGAGGAGCCUCAAGCCCUGCAGGCACAGACAGCAGUGGCAGAGGCGCCCUAACACAGAAGCAUUCCAGAUUCCCUCUGUCUACUUCUGCCUGUCCUCCUCUGUCUCCUUCCCUCUCUUCUCCCUUUGUUUUCCGUUUCCAAAGGAGCAAGCCAAAACCUCAAACCGGUGCCCCUCAGGGGCCGGGCACACUACAGCCAGGGUGCCGGGAGCCAGCUAGCCACCCUUCUCCAUGCCCCAGGACUCGGGGCCACAGGGUGUCUUCCUUCAGUCCACACCUGCCUGGUUGGGCCUGUGAGGGUAGCCAGAUCCCUGGGGGGAGAGGGGGGGCAGUGAUUCUGCUCCCAGGAAAGGCCAGGGCUCCCCAUGUCUAAUAGCCAGGCUGGGCUAGAGCUGCACCCACGGCCAUUUGCAAAGACCCCAAAGACCCCUGUUGUGUUUCCCUUGGCAAUCAUGAUGAUCCUGUGACACUUCCCCAUGCAAUCAUGCGCACGGGCACCUCGGGAGACCCGGGAUCUGCCCCAGCCCUCCAGGUCCCGAGUAGAGCGCCCACAUCCCGCCACGGUGCUUGCUCAGGGGAAGCUCUCCCUCUGUGGGCCCCCAUUGAGCCCAUGAUGCCACGGAAAUCCUUGUUGGCUGCCCCCCAAGGGUCCUUCCUUCUGGGAAGAGCUCAGAGCUGACAGCUGCCUCCUGCCAUGUCAAAGCCCCCAGAGCCUCAGGGGCUCCGGGCUGGGAGGGCAGGGUGAGGGGUGGGACAGUCCCUCCCUGCCUCCCUUCCUCCUUUUCACUGUUGCUUUCUAUGUAUAGCUCUCUAGACCUCUCACUUUUUUAAAAAUGCGUUUUGUGUAGAGAAUAAGAAAUGUGGAUCUUUUUAUUUUGCAGUCCUGGGCCAGCUAGAUGCCGGGAGCUGAUUGACCUUUUAACUUUUUUCAGUGGCCGCCUUUUGGUUAUUGAUGUACCUAGAAGUAUGUAAAUUAGAUUAAAUUUCUCUUCUGGAAACACC